AUGACGAACUCUCCUCGUUUGAACCGGAUGUGGAAAAGGAAGGCUCGCCAACGCUGCUUGGUGAUAAGCGUAUCGAAGGUUCGGUAUGGCCUAAAUCCAUACGCGGCUCAACGCCCAAAAUUAAAGGUUUCCUGUCAGAUUGAAAAAGCCGCGAACGAAUCUGCACAUUUUAUGCGGUUUUAUGUGCCAUGCCCUCAUUGUGGUGAAGCCCAGUAUCUUAAGUUUGGCGAUGAUGCGACAACCUUUGGCCUGAAAUGGGAGAAGGGCAAGCCGGAGACGGUGUAUUACCUGUGUGAACAUAAUGGCUGCGUGAUCCGUCAGUCGGAACUUGACCAGACCGACGGGCGGUGGAUUUGUGACAAUACCGGGAUGUGGACGCGUGACGGCCUGGCAUUUUACAGCGCCGGUGAUGAGGAGAUGCCGCCACCGCGCUCAAUCACGUACCACGUGUGGACGGCAUACAGUCCGUUCACCACCUGGGUACAGAUUGUUUAUGACUGGCUUGAUGCACUGAAGGAUCCGAACGGUGUCAAGACGUUCAUUAACACCACGCUGGGGGAGCCUUAUGAAGAGGCUGUGGCAGAAAAACUGAGCUUUGAGUUGUUGCUGGAAAAAGUCUGCCACUAUGAUGCGCAGGUUCCCCUGCGGGUGGUUUACCUGACUGCCGGGAUCGACUCCCAGAAAGAUCGUUAUGAAAUUUAUGUCUGGGGCUGGGCUCCCGGCGAAGAAGCUCUUUCUGAUUGA